AUGGCUAACCCCUACCCUCAAAUCGUGCUCUUCGGAGACUCCCUUUUCCAGGGCUCUGCCGUGACGUCCGAUGGCUUCUCGUUCCAAGCAGAGCUUCAAUGCCACCGCCUCUCAGACGUGAUGCGCCGCUACGAUGUGGUCAACCGCGGCUUCUCGGGCUGGAAUACAGCGAACGCUCUCAAAUAUCUCUCUGAGAUGUUUUCCCCUCCUUCAGAGUCCGGACCACGACUGAAGUAUCUUUUGGUGCUUCUCGGCGCAAAUGAUGCUGUCCGGCCCAUGGACACCACGACGCAACAUGUCCCGUUGAAGGAUUACAAGGAGAACCUUCUCAAGAUCGUCACGCACCCCAACAUCACGGCUCAUAACCCCAAGAUUCUUCUUGUUACACCGCCGCCCAUUGAUGAGAUUCGCAUAACCGAGCUCGACCUGGCUUGGGGUCACACAAAGGCCACGCGGACCUCCAAGAUCAGCGCCGAGUACACCCAGGCGGCCCGAGACGUGGCGGCCGAGGUUCCCGGUGUGGUUCUGAUUGACUUGUGGCAGGCCUUGAUGGACCACGCCGUGUCCAAGACGCCUGGGUUCAAGACCGGAGGGCCCCUGCUCGGCACGCCGGAGCUCGGCGAGCAGGGCGGGCUGGCGGACCUCCUCCCGGACGGCCUCCACAUGAGCGGCGAGGCGUACAGGGUGUUUUACAAGACGGUGGUGCCUCACAUCGGCCAAGAGUGGGCGGGGUUGCCCGAGGACGAUCGUACGGGCUACAUCUUCCCGGACUGGCGUGAUCUGAACCCUCCGGCGUAG